CCUACAUCUUCAAACCCUGUCCUCUGUAUCACUUUCUGGUGAAACUGUUGCAGUAGACACACGCCUGUACCGAUGAGUGACCUCUAGGACCGUCAUAGCUGCAGGAUCUCAGCACUGCCCCACCAAUCAAAUCUGGGCAAUGUCCCAAGGUGCAAAAUAACAGUAUGCAUUGCGACGGACGGAAGAGGGUGGAGAGCAAUGUGGAGAUAGUACACAGACUCAAUCAUCCCGACACGAUUGUUCAUGUGAAACAUUUGAGGACGAACGCGGACAAGAAUGUCAGUGGCCGGACUGAAGAAACAGUUUCACAAAGCAAGUCAGUUGCUAAAGGAAAAGAUCAAUGGAGUUGAGGGAACAAAACUGGAUGAGGAAUUCCUCAACAUGGAGAGGAAAACUGAUAUUACCCACAAAGUGAUUCUCGACCUUGUUCCAAAAACUAUAGGAUAUCUUCAGCCAAACCCAGCAUACAGAGCAAAGCUCAACAUGCUCAGUACAGUGUCCAAAAUCCGUGGGCAGGUGAAGUCUGUGGGAUAUCCUCAGACAGAGGGCAUUCUGGGAGAUUGCAUGCUGUGCUAUGGCAAUGAGCUUGGAGCUGAGUCUGGUUUUGGUUUUGCUCUGCUUGAAAUGGGAGAGGCGCUGAAACAAGUAGCCCAGGCAAAAGACUGCAUGGAUGUCCGAGUGAAACGAACCUUCAUUGAUCCUCUGCAGUCCCUGCAGCACAAAGAGCUGAAGGAAAUUGCGUAUCAUCUGAGAAAACUUGAAGGUCGCCGUCUAGAUUUUGAUUACAAGAAAAGGCGUAAAGGCAAGAUUGCAGACUCUGAAAUUAAGAAAGCAUUCGAAAAGUUUGAAGAAUCCAAAGACCUGGCUGAGAGAAGCAUGUUUAAUCUCCUAGAGAGAGAUGUACAACAGAUGCAACACCUCUCACGGCUUUUAGAAGCAGUAAUGGACUACCACCGCCAGUCACACCAGAUUCUCGAAAAUCUCAGGAGUAGUUUGCAGAGCAGGAUAACAGACGCAAGCAAUCAACCCAAAAGGGAAUUUGCAUCUAAAUCAGUUGCGAGCACAGUGUGCUACACGGAUAUUUAUGGAUUUUCCACAUGCUCAUCAGAUACUGAGGUUACUGAAGCUUUGAGUGAAAAAUAUGCACCAGUUGUGGUUCACCCUCCUGACAAAGUCACCAUUAAAGCUCAAACAACAGACAAGCCAACCAGCAACAAUGAUAGCGGCCCCCCCUUGGACCAGCCUUGCUGUCAGGCACUUUACAGUUUCCAGCCAGGAAACCAGGGAGAGCUGGGCUUUAAGGAGGGGGACAUCAUCAUUCUGACCAGCCAGAUCGAUGAGAACUGGUGUGAGGGUAUGAUCAGAGGGGAGGCUGGCUUAUUUCCCAUGAACUACGUCAAAGUCCUUGUACCUCUGCCACAGUGACGGCGGGAAGGCCCUGCAGCUGGACAACAUGAACUGUUCCAGUUUUUGGAGAUU